AUGACACCGCAGAGUCCAAGGCUACCUCAUGUUCCUUUGAAACCCUUCAGGAACCAGGUAGGUGGGCAUAGCGCGAUAUACAAGUUUACCAAGAGAGCCGUAUGUAAGCCUCUCGUCUCGAGGGAAAACCUCUUCUACGAGGCCGUAGAGCGGGAGUCACCCGAGCUCCUGGACUUUAUCCCCCGAUAUCUUGGUGUGAUGCUCGUUAACUACAGACGAGUUCGGAAGGGGUCCCAUUUGCACAAUCCUUCGGCCGCAAUUCAGGAUUCUGAGGAGAAAGGGGAUGGGAUGGGGAUGGGGAAUGCUAGGGUCCAACAACAUCAAUAUCAGCAUCGCCGUGCCACUCCCCCAAGGACUCCUACAGGUGAGCUGACGCAGCCAUCUUCCGGAGAGAGCACGCCUGCUCCUGGGCCUGGAAGUCCCGGACACCCUAGUGGAACCACGCGUCAGGAGCACUUUAUCCUAAUGGAAGAUCUCACGGGUCGCUUGAAGUAUCCCUGCGUGCUGGAUCUCAAGAUGGGCACGAGGCAAUAUGGGAUCGAUGCGACCGCUGCGAAGAAGAAAAGUCAGAGGAAGAAAUGCGACCGGACGACGAGUAGGACGCUGGGCGUUAGGGCAUGUGGUAAACAGGUGUGGAACCACGUCUCGCAAUCCUACGUCACGCAGGACAAAUACGUUGGCCGGGAUACCCGCACGGAGGACUUCCCCUGCGAUCUUGCCAGGUUCUUCUCCGAUGGGGAACGUCUUCUCGUAUACCAUAUCCCUGUCUUGCUUCACAAGCUUUAUCGCUUGGCCAAGAUCAUCAAUAGACUAAAAGGAUAUCGGUUCUAUGGCUGCAGCCUGUUAUUCAUAUACGAUGGCGACCAUGAAACGCAGGAGACGUACCGGAAAGCUUUUCUCCGACGGACUUUGAGUGAGGAUUUACAUGCUGGACAUGCUGCUGCCCGACAUUCCCGACAACAUCCCCGUGGUUGGAAGAAGCGGGGCGAGAUCAAUAUUCGGAUUGUUGACUUUGCGCAUACGACAACUGGGCGGGACUUUGUCGUUGUACCGCCAACUCCGCCUACCUCGAUGAAGGAUGCCAGUGUUGCCAGCGCCAGUAGGUAUUAUACCGACGUCGAUCCCGAGACAGGACUCAUUCGUGCUCGGUUCCCGCCACAUCGUUUGGAACGUCCCGAUCUUGGGUUUAUCUUUGGUUUGAAGAACUUGUCCGAAUCUCUUGAGCGAAUUUGGGAGGAGGAGCGUUCGAGACGGGCGAGACAGAUUAGGGAGGGGGCGGUUGACGUCGAGCCCCUUGAAAGAUUGAAUACGGAGUAUGGGAAGGUUGUCUUCGAGAGUAUCUUCCAGGGUGAAGAUGAGGAUCCUGGUAAUUUCUCGACCUGA